AUGUGCGAGCAAUUGAUCGAUAAUGUUUUUAUCAAGAAAUCAAAUGAAUAUAAACAGUCAACAUUAUCACCAUUAACCGAUGUGGCCGAUAGUGGUGUUGUUAGUCGUAUAACACCAUUAUCAUCAAUCAAUGAAAAUAAACUUAACAUCAAUCACUAUGAUAAUGAUGAUGAUGAGUCAAUAACAACUGAAAAUCAGAGUCUGUCAUUUAAUUUAACAGAUAUUAGCAAACCGGUGCUUAAAUAUAAAAAAUGUGAAGAAUAUAUGCAAUAUUCAAAUUGUCUGGUAACUUACGUUGAUCAUCCGUCCGCUAUAUUUAUUCAAAUACUUGAUGAUGGUUCUGCUUUUCAACAUAUGCAUCAGGAUAUGAAUCGAUUUUAUAUGGAUAAUCUAAAUGCAUAUUCAAAUAUUUCAACAAAUUUUUUUGAAAUAGGCAAUUUUUGUGUUGUUUAUUCAUCUCAAUAUUUUGAAUUUUUUCGUGCUCGGAUUUUAAAUAUUGAUCACAAAAAUAAACAAUGUUUAGUAAUAUAUGUUGAUUUUGGUAAUUCAGAAUGGAUACAUAUAAAAGGUAUUCGUCCUCUUCAUGCUGAAUUUACUAAAUUAAAAGUUCAAAGCAUUCCUGUAACACUUUCUCAUAUUCUUCCAAAAAAAGAUUUAAAAACUAGUGUCAUCAGUUGGAAUACAACUAUAGGCAAACAAUGUACACGACAGUUACGUCGAUUGUUAAUUAAACCAGAUAGUGAACCAUUUUUAUUUGUUUCUGUAACAUUUCUUUCGAAUGAAAUUUGGUGGUCAUUACCUUUUGUGGAUAUUAAAAUUGAUGGUCAGGACUUAGCUAAUAUACUUCAUAAUGAUGGAUUUGCUCGUCUUACACGCAAUAAUAAAGAUUUGAAAAUGAUUUAUCCAAAUUUUGGUAGACAUUCGAGUGAACAACUUAUUUUUGGUAUUCAACCAUGA